AUGAUCGACCCUUCAGCACCUAUAGCGGAACUGGAUUCCCGCACUUUAGAGAGAUGGCUCGCAAAGGAGAAAGAAAGAUACGUGGCUCCUCCUGAAAAGGAUGACGGAAUUGUUUAUCAAACAUUGAGUAUUAUGCCAAGAUGGAAGCAUGAUCAAAAAGCACAGAAACCUGUCUGCUUAAUAUUCCCGCGGUCACUACAGUAUGAAUUGUGGUACAUCCGCAAUAGAAGAUUGAAGGAUUUUGAAAAAUAUAAAGGGACUAGCGUGGAAUGCACAGAAAGAGAAGAAAAGCUUGAGACGAGCGUUGAACCUUGUGCUUUAUUGAAACCACCAAUUUGGUGGAAAGGUAAAACGAAAAAAUCGGACGGCGUUUCAGUUGCAAAUAUAAAUGACUAUUCCUAUAUGAAAUUAAAAGAUCAGGAUGAAGAUGUGAAACUUAGUGAAAAACUUCAUAUGGAUCAUCCAAAGAAAUAUACACCAGGCAUGAUUUAUCGAUUAAAGAAUCCAGAAGACACGAGCAUGAAGGACGCCCUCGAUCGAGCAGACGCUUUUAAAGUUGUUCUUAAAACAGAUGAUAUCUUGCCAGAAGACACACCUGUUGAUAAAUGUGUCUAUGAAAAAUAUCCACGUAAUUAUUGUGGAUUGAAGGAGGAUCAGGAUGUGGUAACAGCUGACCCAGUAAUUUCUAAUGGUGAUAAUCGAUGGCAGCCUCUUCAUGAAGAUAUAGAUUUUCCAACAACUGAUCUUGAAAGACAGAAAGAAUUACGAGAAUUAACUAAACCAUUUUUACACGAUUUGCAUACGUGGCAUUCAAAGAAUAAGCCAACAAAAUUAAUUAUUCCCAUUAAACAUCGAGGAAAAAAAGCAAUACCAGGAAGACGCUUUCCUCAUUUGUAA